AUGGGCAGCUUACCGACUUGGAAAGAGAUUGUCUUCCAGAAACGGCUCAUCAGAGACCAACUCCUUGCACCAUACUUAGUCGAUGUAGCUCAACGUCUGCCGCAAGUACAGAAUCCCGAGGAACGUACUCGGCUAGAAGAUCCCUCGGUCCAAAAGAUCACAAAUAUUGACAGUGUCAUCUCUCUGUUGGAAUGUCUGGAGAAAGGAGAGUUCCAAGCAGAACAAGUGAUCAAGGCAUAUAUCCAACGCGCUGUGGUAGCACACCAAUUGACAAACAGUUUGACCGAGAUUCUAUUCGAAGAUGCCAUAGAACAGGCAAAGCAACUAGAUAUUGACUUUGCAGAGACUGGAAAGCUCAAAGGUCCCCUGCAUGGAAUUCCAAUCACGCUGAAAGAUCAAUUCAACGUCAAAGGCGUUGACACGACCCUGGGAUACGUCGGUAGGUCCUUUGCCCCGGCCCAGGAAGACGCGGUGAUCGUGCAGAUCUUGAAGAAAAUGGGUGCCAUCAUCAUUGCGAAGACAAACGUUCCACAGAGUAUCAUGUGGGCCGAAACCGAGAAUCCUCUCUGGGGACUCACGACCAAUCCUCGCAAUCCGAUUUUCUCACCCGGUGGCUCAACUGGUGGUGAAGGUGCUUUGUUGACAUUGCAUGGAUCACUAUUUGGAUUCGGAACUGAUAUCGGCGGAAACACAAGAAUCCCACAGUCUACAGUGGGCUUGUAUGGCUUCAAACCAAGCAGCGCUCGGCUCCCCUACCAGGGCGUACCCGUCUCUACUGAAGGCCAAGAACAUGUCCCAUCUGCCAUUGGUCCGAUGGCCCGAGAUCUCUCGUCUAUCUGCUACAUGAGCCGUCUGAUAGCGAACAGUCAGCCCUGGGAUCUUGAUCCGCGAUGCGCUCCUCUUCCCUGGAAUGACACUGCAUUCCAAGAACUCCAAGACCGACCUAUGGUUGUCGGCUUGAUACUGGAUGAUGGCGUGGUAAAAGUCCACCCGCCUAUUGCGCGCGCCUUGUUAGAACUCUCAGAAGGGCUUAAAGCACAAGGCCACGAGGUUGUGGUCUGGGACACAUCUGACCAUGCCGGCUGCAUUGAAAUUAUGGAUCUCUUCUACACGGUCGAUGGGGGUGAGGAUAUUCGACGGGAUGUAGCCGCUGCCGGCGAACCGUUUAUUCCUCACGUUGAAGGGUUGGUUAACCGCGGUAAGGCUAUCUCGGUUUAUGAGUAUUGGCAGUUGAACAAACGGAAAGCUACCGCGCAGAAGAAAUAUCUGGAUAAAUGGAAUGCGGUGCGGUCUCCGUCGGGUCGGGCUGUCGAUGUUCUGUUGGGUCCUACCUUGCCGCAUACGACUGUGCCUCAUCGGAAAUUCCGUUGGGUUGGCUAUACUAAGAUUUGGAAUUUCCUGGACUAUCCGGCUUUGACUUUCCCAGUGGAUAGGGUGAGAGCUGAGCUGGAUGUGUUGCCUUCGGAACCCUACGUCCCCAGAAACAGUCAGGACGAGUGGAAUUGUGAUCUUUACAAUGCGAAACAGGUGGAUGGAUAUCCGGUGAAUCUGCAGAUCAUCGGGAAGAAACUCCACGAAGAGAAGGUACUAGGGGCCGCUACAGUUAUUGAGAAACUCUGGAAAUGUCAUGUCAACAAAUCCAGUUGA